UGAAUAUGAUACAACGACCAUCAACUGACUCAUCAGAAGCUUCCCACGAUAGAGACGCUUUCUCGGAAACUGUCGAAGAAAAUGGGGAUAUCGAAAAGGCUCUAUUGCCUCAAAAAGACACGGAGCCAGGGCCUCGAGGUGUUGAGGAGAAGACUCCAUGGCUGAAGUUAUACAGCCAAAGGCCAUCUCUUGUGACCUUUUUCAAUGUUGGACUUUUCAUUGCCUCAUGUACCAUUUGGUUUUGGCCUGCACCAACGAGGCAUUCUUCAAGUGUCCAAGACUAUUGGAAGCGAACGUCCUUCUACUCCCCCAUCCUUGAGCGUUUCGAUGUACCAAGAAUCAGCAGAGUGACGAACGGUACUUUAUAUGACACAAGUCCGCCGUCGGUUCUUCGCCAGCGAAUUGGCAAAGAGGCUGAUAAGGAGUGGCAUCGCAUCGGCGACCAUGUCUGGCCUUUGGUUAUUGGAGAAGCUGAUGUAAGGCAGCUUGGGAAGGAUCCGCGUGUUGCUGUCAAGAUUCCAGAAGACCUUGGCUACGGUUCAGAUGCAUACAUCGCGCAGACAGAAGUUUUCCAUCACCUUCACUGCUUGGACAUGCUGCGCAGGGAAGUGUCAUAUGAGCAUUACUACGAGCCAAAGGAGGGACCUAGGCCAGGAGGGGCCCAACAUCAAGCCCACAUCGGCCACUGCUUCGACAUUCUUGCCCAGGCAAUCAAGUGCACCGGUUCAGUCGACAUGAUUACUUUCAACUGGGUUGAGAACUGGGAGCAGCCAUUUCCAGAUUUUAUGAACCACAAAGUAUGCCGGGACUUUGACGCGUUGUUGGGUUGGGUCAAUAAGAACUCAAUGGACCCGAAUGUCUUUCAAGAGAUGAAGUCGCCUCCGCCUGGAUGGCCUGUCAUGCCUGAGCCAGGCCCAGUAUCGUGAUGAUUCUGGACGGCGAACAAGAAUUAGAAAAUAUCGCACAGGGUCUCAUACUAUGGAGCCAAUACGAAAACACCAAGAAACGUUUUGAU